GGUCAUUGAUGGAAAUUAUUGCGAAACUUCCAAAUGAUCAAAAUUGCGCAUUUGUGCCUCUGCUGUGCCUUUGUGCCUCUGAACCACAGCACACUCCACACACACGCGCGCCUGCAACAGCAACAAGUCGUGCAAACGUACGCACUGAAAAGAAGGUUGAUUGUGUGGCGUGUGCGAGAGACAAGGAGAGACACACGGAGAGCGCCAUCAACACAAGCUGCCGUUGUUGUUGUUGUUGUUGUUGUUGUUUUGACGUAUCCAUCCACAAGUUCCACCACGCACUUGCUUCCUGCCUUUGCCUCAACACCAGCUCAGACACUUUGCUGAUACCAGUGCAAGCAGCAGCAGCAGGAUGAGCAGUGCAAGCAAGUCGGCGGCAGCCGGCAUGCCGCCGUCCCCGCCAAGUGAAGAGCAGCUGCAGGAGAAGGCACGCAAGUGGAAGCAGCUGCAGUCGCGCCGCUAUGCAGAGAAGCGCAAGUUUGGCUUUGUCGACCCGCAAAAGGAGGACAUGCCUCCCUCACAGAUUCGUGUCAUCAUCAAGAACCAUGGUGACAUGUCCAGCCGCAAGUUCCGCCACGACAAGCGCGCUUACCUCGGCGCCCUCAAGUACAUGCCUCACGCCGUCAUCAAGCUCCUCGAAAACAUGCCCAUGCCAUGGGAACAGAUUCGCGAUGUCAAGGUGCUGUACCACACCACUGGUGCCAUCACGUUUGUGAACGAGAUUCCAUGGGUGAUUGAGCCCAUCUACAUUGCGCAGUGGGGUACCAUGUGGAUCAUGAUGCGUCGUGAGAAGCGUGAUCGCCGCCACUUCAAGCGCAUGCGCUUCCCGCCCUUUGACGACGAAGAGCCGCCGCUGGACUACGGCGACAACAUCAUGAACGUGCCCCCGCUCGAUCCCAUCCAGAUGGAGCUGGACGAGGAGGAGGACUCUGCCGUGUGGGAGUGGUUCUACGACCACAAGCCCCUCGUGGACACGCGCAUGGUCAACGGGCCCUCCUACCGCAAGUGGUACCUCACCAUCCCCAUCAUGGCCACGCUCUUCCGCCUCUCGGGCUCCCUCCUCUCGGACCUGCUCGACGACAACUACUUCCACCUGUUUGACGCCAAGGCGUUUUUCACCGCAAAGGCGCUCAACGUCGCCAUCCCGGGCGGCCCCAAGUUUGAGCCGCUCUUCCGCGACCUCAACCCAGCCGACGAGGACUGGAACGAGUUCAACGACAUCAACAAGAUCAUCAUCCGCCACUCCAUCCGCACGGAGUACCGCGUCGCGUUCCCUUACCUCUACAACAGCAUGCCCCGUCGCGUGUACCUCUGCAAGUACCACACCCCGCCCGUCGUGUUCAUCAAGACGGACGACCCAGACCUCCCCGCCUUCUACUACGACCCCAUCAUCAACCCCAUCUCCCACCGCCAGGCCGUCCGCGCCACAGACACCUUUGACGAGUCGGAGGAGUUUUUCCUGCCGGAGGAGGUGGAGCCCUUCCUGGCCGAGGCGCCGCUCUACACAGACCGCACCGCCGCCGCCAUUGCCCUCCUCUGGGCGCCCCGCCCCUUCAACACCCGCUCCGGCUACAUGCGCCGCGCCAUCGACGUGCCCCUCAUCAAGACCUGGUACCAGGAGCACUGCCCCGCCGGACAGCCCGUCAAGGUGCGCGUCUCCUACCAGAAGAUGCUCAAGAUCUUCGUCCUUAACGCUCUCAAGAAGCGCCCGCCAAAGCCCUGCAAGCGCCGCUCCCUCUUCCGCUCCUUCAAGCAGACAAAGUUCUUCCAGUCCACCACCCUCGACUGGGUCGAGGUCGGCCUGCAGGUGUGUCGCCAGGGCCACAACAUGCUCAACCUUCUCAUCCACCGCAAGAACCUCAACUACCUCCAUCUCGACUACAACUUCAACCUCAAGCCCGUCAAGACGCUCACCACAAAGGAGCGUAAGAAGUCCCGCUUCGGAAACGCCUUCCAUUUGCUUCGUGAGAUUCUGCGCUUGACCAAGCUCGUGGUUGACUCGCACGUGCAGUACCGUCUCGGUAACGUCGAUGCGUUCCAGCUCGCAGACGGUCUCCAGUACACAUUCGCCCAUGUCGGCCAACUCACCGGCAUGUACCGCUACAAGUACAAGCUCAUGCGUCAGAUUCGCAUGUGCAAGGACUUGAAGCACAUCAUCUACUAUCGCUUCAACACGGGACCUGUGGGCAAGGGCCCUGGCGUUGGCUUCUGGGCGCCCGGCUGGCGCGUGUGGCUGUUCUUCCUGCGCGGUGUGGUGCCCCUCCUCGAGCGCUGGCUCGGCAACCUGCUUGCGCGCCAGUUUGAGGGCCGUACCAACAAGGGCGUGGCCAAGACGGUGACCAAGCAGCGCGUGGAGAGCCACUACGAUUUGGAGCUGCGCGCCUCAGUCAUGCACGACAUCCUCGACAUGAUGCCCGAGGGCGUCAAGGCCAACAAGGCCCGCGUCAUCAUGCAGCAUCUCUCCGAGGCGUGGCGCUGCUGGAAGGCCAACAUCCCCUGGAAGGUGCCCGGCCUGCCCACGCCCAUUGAGAACAUGAUCCUGCGCUACGUCAAGGCCAAGGCCGACUGGUGGACCAACACCGCUCAUUACAACCGCGAGCGCAUCCGCCGCGGCGCCACCGUCGACAAGACCGUGUGCAAGAAGAACCUGGGCCGCCUCACCCGCCUGCACCUCAAGGCGGAGCAGGAGCGCCAGCACAACUACCUCAAGGACGGCCCUUACAUCAGCGCCGAGGAGGCCGUCGCCAUCUACACCACCACCGUGCACUGGCUCGAGUCGCGCCGCUUCAAGCACAUCCCCUUCCCGCCGCUCACCUACAAGCACGACACCAAGCUGCUCAUCCUGGCGCUGGAGCGCCUGCGCGAGGCGUACAGCGUGAAGAACCGCCUCAACUCGUCGCAGCGCGAGGAGCUCGGCCUCAUCGAGCAGGCCUACGACAACCCGCACGAGGCCCUCAUGCGCAUCAAGCGCCACCUCCUCACGCAGCGCGCCUUCAAGGAGGUUGGCAUUGAGUUUAUGGACAUGUACAGCCACCUCAUCCCCGUGUACGACAUUGAGCCGCUGGAGAAGAUCACCGACGCUUACCUCGACCAGUACCUGUGGUACGAGGCGGACAAGCGCAAGCUCUUCCCGGCCUGGGUCAAGCCCAGCGACACGGAGCCCGCGCCGCUGCUCGUGUACAAGUGGUGCCAGGGCAUCAACAACCUGCAGGACGUGUGGGACACGUCCGAGGGCCAGUGCAACGUCAUGCUGGAGACGCGCUUUGAGAAGCUGUACGAGAAGAUUGACCUCACCGUGCUCAACCGCCUGCUGCGCCUGGUGGUGGACCAGAACGUCGCCGACUACAUGACGGCGAAGAACAACGUCGUCAUCAACUUCAAGGACAUGAACCACACCAACUCGUACGGCAUCAUCCGCGGCCUGCAGUUUGCCUCGUUUAUCGUGCAGUUUUACGGCCUGAUCUUGGACCUCCUCGUGCUCGGCCUCAACCGCGCGUCGGAGAUGGCCGGCCCGCCCACGCUGCCCAACGACUUCCACACCUUUGAGAGCGUGGAGACGGAGACGGCGCACCCGAUUCGCCUGUACGCCCGGUACGUCGACCGCAUUCACAUGUUCUUCCGCUUCACCGCUGAGGAGGCCCGCGACCUCAUCCAGCGCUACCUCACCGAGCACCCAGACCCCAACAACGAGAACAUUGUUGGCUACAACAACAAGAAGUGCUGGCCGCGCGACGCGCGCAUGCGCCUCAUGAAGCACGACGUCAACCUGGGCCGCGCCGUCUUCUGGGACAUCAAGAACCGCCUGCCGCGCUCCAUCACCACCAUUGAGUGGGAGAACAGCUUCGCCUCCGUGUACAGCAAGGACAACCCCAACCUCCUCUUCAACAUGACGGGCUUUGACGUGCGCAUCCUGCCCAAGAUCCGCGCCACCUUCAACGACGCCAACCACCGCGACGGCGUGUGGAACCUGCAGAACGAGAUCACCAAGGAGCGCACCGCGCAGGCCUUCCUCCGCGUCGACGAGGAGUCGCAGGCCCGCUUCCACAACCGUGUGCGCCAGAUUCUCAUGUCCUCCGGCGCCACCACCUUCACCAAGGUGGUCAACAAGUGGAACACGGCCCUCAUUGGCCUCAUGACCUACUUCCGGGAGGCCGUCGUCAACACGCAGGAGCUGCUCGACCUCCUCGUCAAGUGCGAGAACAAGAUCCAGACCCGUGUCAAGAUUGGUCUCAACUCCAAGAUGCCUUCCAGGUUCCCUCCAGUCGUCUUCUACUGCCCGAAGGAGCUUGGCGGCCUGGGUAUGCUGUCGAUGGGUCACGUGCUGAUUCCCCAGUCGGAUCUUCGCUGGAGCAAGCAGACGGACGUUGGCAUCACCCACUUCCGCUCUGGCAUGUCUCACGAGGAGGACCAGGUCAUCCCCAACCUGUACCGCUACCUGCAGCCCUGGGAGUCUGAGUUUAUCGACUCGCAGCGCGUGUGGGCCGAGUUUGCGCUGAAGCGGCAAGAGGCCAACGCCCAGAACCGCCGCCUGACGCUUGAGGACUUGGAGGACUCGUGGGAUCGCGGUAUCCCGCGCAUCAACACGCUCUUCCAGAAGGACCGCCACACCCUCGCUUACGACAAGGGCUGGCGUGUGCGCACAGAGUUCAAGCAGUACCAGAUUCUCCGCAAUAACCCCUUCUGGUGGACACACAUGCGCCACGAUGGCAAGCUGUGGAACCUGAACAACUACCGCACAGACAUGAUCCAGGCGCUGGGUGGUGUCGAAGGCAUCCUGGAGCACACGCUGUUCAAGGGCACGUACUUCCCCACUUGGGAGGGUCUCUUCUGGGAGAAGGCGUGCUUCCGCACAACCACCGAGCUGCUGCUUGCCUCUGGUGACAUUGUCCGUGCCAGCGACGUGCGUGUGGGCGACAAGCUCAUGGGUGACGACGGCACCCCGCGCAACGUGCAGCACGUGGUCACGGGUCUCUCCCGCCUGUACGAGGUGACGGUUGCCAGCUCUGACGUGGAGCCGCUCGUGGUCACAGGCAACCACAUUCUCUGCCUCAAGCCCUCUGCGCACCUCUCUGUUGAUGAGCAGCAGGAGGAAGUCGCACGCAAGCUCAAGGCCGCAGCCCUGCGUGCCGCCACCGCAGCCACGGGCGAUGCCUCCGUCAACGGCGCCGCGAUGCCCCAGGCACAACAGCCACAGGACAGCACGCUGUUUGAGAUGACGGUGGAGGAGUACACGCAGCUGCCGGAGGCCGUGCAGAGCAACCUGCUCAUGUACCGCCAGGUGGUGUCCCUCGGCGAGGCGGGCACUCAUGCAGAAGCUGGCGAGUGCACCACGUACAAGAUUGCGGCCGUGCGCCAGCUUGAGCAGCCGGAGCCAUACGUCGGCUUUUUCGUGGACGGCAACAAGCGGUUCCUGCGCGCGGACUUUCUGGUCACGCACAACAGCGGUUUUGAGGAGAGCAUGAAGUACAAGAAGCUCACCAACGCCCAGCGCUCUGGUCUGAACCAGAUUCCCAACCGCCGCUUCACGCUGUGGUGGUCGCCAACCAUCAACCGCGCCAACGUGUACGUUGGGUUCCAGGUGCAGCUGGAUCUUACCGGCAUCUUCAUGCACGGCAAGAUUCCCACGCUCAAGAUCUCCCUCAUCCAGAUCUUCCGCGCGCAUUUGUGGCAGAAGAUCCACGAGAGCGUGGUCAUGGAUCUGUGCCAAGUGUUUGAUCAGGAGCUGGAUGCGCUUGAGAUUGACACGGUGCAGAAGGAGUCGAUCCACCCGCGAAAGUCGUACAAGAUGAACUCGAGCUGUGCCGACAUCCUGCUGUUUGCCUCGCAGAAGUGGCCCAUCUCCAAGCCUUCCCUGCUCGCGGACACGCACGACGUCAUGGACGCGACCACCUCCGACCGCUACUGGCUCGAUGUGCAGCUUCGCUGGGGCGACUACGACAGCCACGAUGUGGAGCGCUAUUCCCGCGCCAAGUUCCUCGACUACACCACGGACAACAUGUCCAUCUAUCCCUCGCCAACGGGUGUGCUGAUUGCCAUUGACUUGGCGUACAACCUGCACUCUGCCUUUGGCAACUGGUUCCCGGGUUGCAAGGUGCUGCUGCAGCAGGCCAUGGCCAAGAUUAUCAAGGCCAACCCCGCGUUGUAUGUGCUGCGUGAGCGCAUUCGCAAGGGCCUGCAGCUGUACUCGUCCGAGCCGACGGAGCCGUACCUGUCGUCCCAGAACUACAACGAGCUCUUCUCCAACCAGAUUAUCUGGUUUGUUGAUGAUACCAACGUCUACCGCGUCACCAUCCACAAGACCUUUGAAGGCAACUUGACGACGAAACCCAUCAACGGCGCCAUCUUCAUCUUCAACCCGCGCACGGGCCAGCUGUUCCUGAAGAUCAUCCACACCUCUGUGUGGGCUGGCCAGAAGCGUCUGUCCCAGCUGGCCAAGUGGAAGACUGCUGAGGAAGUCGCUGCCCUGAUUCGCUCGCUUCCCGUGGAGGAGCAGCCGAAGCAGAUUAUCGUCACGCGCAAGGGCAUGCUUGACCCACUCGAGGUUCACUGCCUGGAUUUCCCCAACAUUGUCAUCAAGGGCUCUGAGCUGCAGCUGCCGUUCCAGGCGUGCCUCAAGGUGGAGAAGUUUGGGGACCUCAUUCUCAAGGCCACGGAGCCGCAGAUGGUGCUGUUCAACCUCUACGACGACUGGCUGCGCAACAUCUCCUCGUACACGGCGUUCUCGCGCCUCAUCCUCAUCCUGCGUGCGCUGCACGUGAACAUCGACAAGGCCAAGCGCAUCCUGCGGCCGGACAAGACGACCAUCACGGAGCCGCACCACAUCUGGCCGUCGCUGUCGGACGAGGAGUGGAUCCGCGUCGAGGUUGCGCUCAAGGACCUCAUCCUGACCGACUACGGCAAGAAGAACAACGUCAACACGGCGUCCCUCACGCAGUCUGAGAUUCGCGACAUCAUCCUGGGUAUGGAGAUUUCUGCGCCGUCGCAGCAGCGGCAGCAGAUUGCGGAGAUUGAGAAGCAGACGCGCGAGCAGAGCGCGCUCACCUCCACGGCCACCAAGACCACCAACGUGCACGGCGACGAGAUUAUCACGCACACCACCACCAAUUACGAGCGGGCGGCCUUCUCCUCCAAGACGGACUGGCGCGUGCGUGCCAUCAGCUCCACCAACCUCCCGCUGCGCACCAAGCACAUUUACGUCAACGACGACAUCUCCGAGACGGGCUACACGUACAUCCUGCCCAAGAACGUGCUGACCAAGUUUGUGGUGAUUAGCGACCUGCGCACGCAGAUUGCCGGCUACCUGUACGGCAAGUCGCCGCCGGACAACCCGCAGGUGAAGGAGAUCCACUGCAUUGUGAUGGUGCCGCAGUACGGCACGCACCAGAGCGUGACGCUGCCGACGCAGCUGCCUGACCACGAGUAUCUGGACGACCUGGAGCCGCUCGGCUGGAUCCACACGCAGCCGAGCGAGCUGCCGCAGCUGUCGCCGAUUGACGUGACGACGCACGCCCGCAUCAUGAGCGAUCACGAGGAGUGGGAGCUGGACAAGACGUGCAUCAUCACGUGCAGCUUCACGCCCGGCUCCGUGUCCCUCACGGCCUACAAGCUCACCGUGUCCGGAUUUGAGUGGGGCAAGAACAACAAGGACAAGAGCGGCAACCCGGAGGGCUACUCGCCCCAGCACUACGAGAAGGUGCAGAUGCUGCUGUCCGAUCGCUUCUACGGCUUCUUCAUGACGCCCGCGGAAGGCUCUUGGAACUACAACUUUGUUGGCGCCAAGCACAAGACCGCUAUGCGCUAUUCUCUCCAGCUCGCCAACCCCAAGGAGUACUACCAUGAGGUUCACCGUCCCAACCACUUCCAGUCGUUUGGCGCAUUGGAAGAGAGUGCCGAGGAAUAUGCUGCGGAUCGUGAGGACAUGUUUGCCUGAGCAUUUUCAAGGCACAAGUUCCUCCCUCCUCCUCUCUUCUCCUCCCCUAACAACACCAGCCACGCGCACACGCACACGCAUCACAGCCUACCGUCGUCUUUGUUUCUUCGCUGUGUUUUUGCUGUGAUGUGAAGCCCCAUCAUACGGCCGACUCAUUCAUCUCCAUCCUCAUUUGUUGACCCGCACCCAACAGCUGUUAGCACCUCUACGUGGUCAACCACCCAUGUGUCUGUCUGUGUCUUUGUCCGUGGCAUCGACGUGUCACAUGUGUCACAUCAGCUUUUCCCCCGUUCCAUGCACGACAUUGGCGUGUUGCUUUCACGUCACCCCUUCUUGGUUCGUAAACACCGACAUGAAAGUAUCCACACUCAGGGA